AUGGCCGCAACAGACAAGACAGCCCCCUCCGCCAUCCCCUUUGCGGAGCCAUCCUACCUCCGUGGUCUACCUUCUCCAUACUUCAAAGACACGCAUCUACAGUUCCAGAAACGCUGCCGGGCUUUUAUGGAGGAGCACUUCCUGCCAUAUGCUCUCGAGUGGGAAACCGAGGGAACCGUCCCACCACAUGUCUUUGACCUGUUCAACAAGCAUAACAUGCUGCUCCCGAACCUCAAAUCCCCACUCCCCGUCGCCUGGCUACAGAAGCUCGGUCUCAACGACAUCCUCGGCGUCCCCGUUUCCGAAUGGGACUAUCUCCAUACCGCCAUCUGGGUCGAUGAGCGCGCCCGCACCGGCAUUUCUGGACCGGGCUCGAGUCUAAGCCCCGGUUUCGCCUACGGCAUCCCGCCCAUCCUGUCCUUCGGGUCCGAGGACUUACAGGCACGCUUCCUGCCAGACCUGCUCACGGGCCGCAAACGCUGCUGCAUCGCCAUCACAGAGCCGCACGCUGGUAGCGAUGUGGCCGGCAUUCAGACUACCGCCAAGCGCAGCGCUGACGGCAAACACUUCAUCCUGAACGGCGAGAAGAAGUGGAUCACCAAUGGUAUCUGGAGCGACUACGCCACUAUGGCGGUGCGUACCGGCGGCGUCGGCCCAGCUGGAAUCUCGGUGAUGGUAGUCCCGCUCAAAGGGCACCCUGGCGUGACGAUGCGACGGCUAAAGGUCAUGGGACAACAAGCGGGCGGUACGACGUACAUCGAGCUGGACGACGCCAAAGUCCCCGUGGAGAACCUGCUGGGCAAGGAAGGCGAGGGCAUGAAGUACAUCAUGCAAAACUUCAACCACGAGCGCCUCCUCAUCGCCCUCGGCGCCACGCGCCAGGCGCGCGUCGCCCUCUCCGCCGCUGUCGCCUACGCCCUGAAGCGCGAAGCCUUCGGCAAACCCCUCAUGUCCCAGCCCGUCGUGCGCAACCGCAUCGCGCGCGCCGCCGCCGAGCUCGAGACCCUGCAAGCCUACGGCCUCGAGUUCUGCCACCAGCUCAACCACCUGAGCAAGAACGAAGCGGACGAGAAACUGGGUGGGCCUACGGCGCUGUUAAAGGCGAAGGCGGGGCUGGUGUUGAAUGAGUGUGCGCAGACGGCGGUGUUGGUGUUUGGUGGGAAUGGGUAUACGAGGACGGGCCAGGGGGAGUUGGUGGAGAAGAUCUAUAGGGAUGUUAUGGGUGCGCGGAUCCCGGGCGGCAGUGAGGAUGUCAUGCUGGAUCUGGCGGUGAGGCAGCUUGUCAAGCUUUAUGAGCGCGGCGUGAAGAGGGAGGGGAAGCUGUGA